AUGUUUGUCCACAUUUGUUGCCGUAGGAAGAAAAACCGGGAGAGCCACAAUGAGGUGGAGAGACAUCGGAAGAAGAAGAUCAACUCCGGAAUCAAUCGGGUUGGGGACCUGAUCCCGUGUUCUCCAGCACUGAAGCAGAGUAAGAACAUGAUCCUGGAGCAGGCCUACAAGUACAUCACCGAGCUCAAGCGCCAGAACGAUGAACUCUUACUCAAUGCAGGGGACCAGGAACAAGCCCGAGAAAUCCGAAAACUCAGAAGGGAACUGGCCGACAUUCAGAAGGAGAACGCACGCUACAUAGAACUUUUGAAGAGCAAUGACAUCUGCCUGUAUGACGACCCGACGCUACACUGGAAAGGAAACUCCAAGCGCGCAAAGGCCUCUCUGAUUGCUCCAGCCGACCAGAAGCUCCCCCUCUGCCUGAGCAGUAAUCAGCUGGCAUCUUCUAACCAAGGCAGCACCGUGCACGGAAUUACUUUCAACGUGGGACAGAGCCUGCAGAAACAGACCGCCAAUGUGGUGCCGGUGCAAAGAACAUGCAAUCUGGUGACGCCCGUGUCCAUUUCUGGUGUGUAUCCGCUGGACAAAGCUUGGCAACAAAAUGCAACCUCCGCGACGACGACUACCCAGCAGGUUUCCUUGUGUCUUCCUGUCACCACUACAACUCCUACCACGGCGGACCUUGCCUCAUCAAAGGGAACUCAAACCGUCUUAUUCCACACCAACUCUGUAGCUCAUCUGUCUCUACCAUCCACAUCAGCAGGCUCCCAAUUCUUUACUUCCAGCCAGUCAGCACAGCCAUCUACCCUAACUGUAUCCACUGUCGCUAAUAUUCCAUCCCAGCCGUCGCUCUUGGCUUCUCAAGUUGGCAUGCAGUCUCCGAGCUCGAGUCAUGGAAAGAUAUCGGAAGCGGCUGGAUGUGCUGAAGCGGUGAAAGACUUGGUGAAGGAGAUUUUUCCCAGCGUCCAUAUUGAAUCGAGCCCGGAGGUGGUCAGUUCGAGGGAUAUAAACCCCUCCGUUGAAGUUCCGACGGCGUCCGCUAGUUCUUCCUGUUUGGAGACCAGCUGGUUCCUUUCUAACAACUUGCCGGAGUUGAGAAGCGUCGGCAGCAUAUCCAGAAUCCCAUCGGAUGGAAAUACACAAACGACAUGGACCACCUUGCAGCUUGCAGGGAACACCGUGCAGCCGUUAAGUCAUUCUUCCUCCGGCGCGGUGCCAGCUCUUUUGGUUGAGCAGGCAGUGGCAUCGAAAGAUAAGAUGAACCAGCAAAUGCCAGCCUGCGUAAACAUAAGUAGCAUAUUGGCAUCAGAAAACAGGACUGGGGAGCCAGUAAUGGUGCAGAUGCCUCCUGGUCAACCUGUCACAGUUCAGCCCUUCAAAACGCCAACGCAGCCACAAAGCACAACCAAUCUUCUUCCACUUAAUCAACCGGUGCAAGUAAUUCAGGUGGCCCAGCCGUUCAAUGCUGCUUUAAAUCCAGCUCCAGCCAAUCAGAACAUUAUACUGCUUCAGCCUCCGGCACCUACUCCUUGUCCACCUGUUCCCAAUCCAACGGUGGGCCAACAAAUUGUUAUAAUCCAGGCAGCCCCUAACCAGAAUCCAAUACCCCUCGUCUCUGCACAGCCCUCGCCUACAGUGGUGAUGCCUAUGAAUGCGCCCAAUCCCGUAGUUUGUCCGGCAAACCCGGUGCAAAGUAUUGUGGCUCCACAGACAUUUGGGGCAAAGCAUCUUGUACACAUAUUGCCCAGGCCUGCACCUGUGCAGCCUUCAGUUUCCACCCAAGUGUCGGCAUCUACUGCCACCUCUAACCAACAGCCCCCCACAUUUUCCCUCAACGGUCAGUUAUUUGCGCUGCAGCCAGUAACCCCUUCGGCUGGCUCCUCAAGCCAAGCUCCAAUGCAAAUUAUCCAGCCAACAACCAGUGAAGAUCCUAACACAAAUGUAGCCCUUAACACCUUCGGUGCAUUGGCCACCCUGAGCCAGAGCAUAUCCCAGAUGGGUGGACAGAACUGUGUACAGUUUACUCUGAACCCCUCUGUUACUCCUUCCUUAGCAGCCAAUAACCAACCAGUGAACUGCGCUUCUGUGCCUAGGUCCAGUGUGAUGACAGCAACUGCUGAAACAUCAGUUGCACCAGCGUCUGUACUGACAAAGUCUUCGUCUGUUAAACCAGUUCAUGGCCCUGCACCCAACACAAAGCCAAAGAAGAACAUCAAGAAGCCUAAUGUUAAAAAGGGAGGCCCCUUAAAGAAAGAAUCCACCCCAACCGUUACACCAGAUGGUUCAUCAGAGGCUUCAAAAUCUCAGGCCCACGGCGAUGAACAGAACCAGAUGGAAAAAUUGUCUGUUUUAGUUACUGCUCCUAUUACAACUCAAGAAAAAACCAGCGCAACAGAUGGCGUGUCCCAAAAUAUUGACCAAACCCAAGACACAGCAGGUGCUGAAGCCUGUGCUUCUGCAGCACUGAACAUGGGAAUGGAAGGAGACAUUCUUAGUGAAUCUGUAUCGCAUGAGCAUGCUCCAGCAGAGUUUUCAGCUGCUGGAGAUUUUGUUGCCGAAGAGGUUUGUGUUCAUCAGAAUGAGAAGAGACCGCCCUCCGUAGCGCCAGCCUCACCUAAGGCCGAGGUUGCGGCAGCCACACUCCCCUUAAAAGAGCAACCCGUUCAAGAUUCUCUGCAAGUUGACCCGUCUGUAGUGACCAUUCACGAACAUUCUCAUUCGGCUUCCAAAGAUUGCCUAAUACAAGGUGAUGCUGCAGACUUGACUCCCGUCGACUUGUUGGAAGUGCAAAUUUUGUCCGAUGACCCGAAUAUGAAAUCUCUUGAAAAAGUAACCACAGAUGUCCCCGACGGGUCUAAUACACUAUACAGUGAAGCCAAGUCAAAUGAUGCCUUGACGGUUGCAUCCACAGAUUCCAUCAUUUUGACCACCUCAGUUGUCCACAUUGCCCAGACUCAGCCCAGUACAUCAGAACACGAAGUCGUCGGUUCAUGUGCGAAUAGCCGACAGACCGACUCUCCAAUGUCUAACGGCUCCGGGAGCGGUCGGAAUUUCACCGUUGCCUCAAUGUUGCCGGAUACCAGUAGGGUAGACACCACUAACCCCAUUUCCUCCGCGCCACCUUUUAACGGUUGUAGUUUUUCUGAGCAGAGUGAAAUCGUUCCAACUGCUGCAAGAGCGAUAUUUGAUCAGGAAAAUCUUACAAAGGAGAAGACGAGAAUGCAAGCGGAAGCUGAAGAAGCAGUUUCUAAAAACACAGAAGUGGUAAUGCCGGGGGAUUGUUGCCUCCCAUUUAAGCCGCAUUCAGCCAAAGAAGGAAUCUGUGGGCUUCCAUCCGUAUCGCACUCCUUCAGUACUACGGAAACAAACGCCCCCUCAACCCAUGAUCGGUUGAUGGACAAAACUCAUUGUACGCUCGGGCUGAAUACUGCCAAUCUCUCGCUGCAAAUGGCAUCGUCUCAAUCCCAAAGCGUGACCAGUUUGAGCAUCAAUAAUUUAAUACACCAACGCGGGAUAAUGCACUCUGCUGCAAACUCUGCAAGUGUUUCCCAAGCAUCGGAACAUUUGCAUUUGUCUACUUCCACCAGUUCCUCAAUGCCCUCCAGCAGUUACGAAGGACAUUCUUCGGGGACGAUGGUCUUAUCUGAGUACCAUCAAAAUGAGUUGCAUUCUGUGAAGGCCUCGGUCAUGCAGGUUCCAUCAAACACGGAUUCUCAUUUAAAGCAAAGCUUAGAUGUUCGAAAAGAAUCCACCAAACGUGCUGCGCAUGGGGAUGAGUUGCUGUCGGCAGCCAAGAGGCAAAAGCAGUGUCACGGCCCCAUGAGGAUUGAAAGGAUCCAGCAACGUGACGGCGUUGCAGAGCAGAACGAGAUGUUAGUCGGUCAGAUGCCUUCUGACUCGUCGUCUUUGUCUGGAAGUAUUCAGGGACAUGGAGAGGGAAUUUCUAGUCUGUUCUCAGCGAGUAAUAACUUUGCCCCCCCAAAUCUGAGGCAAAGCGACAUGCGCUGCAAUUCUCAGCCAUCCAUCUCAGAGCAGAGUCAGAUGGGCAAUCAGCACCUUCAACCUUUACAGCAACACCAACAGGCAGCCCUUCUUCAUAACAGCAAUCCUUACCUAAAGCAGCAGCAAAGUGGACACAUGCGGGAUCAGCACCACUUGUACCAACAGCAACAGCAGCAGCACCACCUUCAACUUGCAGAUAGUUCAGUUCAUGCUCAGUCCCACAAUGUACAGCAGCAAAGAAUGCUACAGCAAGAUGUUCAGAUGCAAAAGAAACGGAACUCAAUUCAAGGUGCCCAGGUAGCAAGAUUGUCUCUACAGCAGAAACAGCUGCCUGAGCAAAACAGACAAAACAGUGCUCAGGCUCACUCUCACCACCAGCAGAUCCAGCAGCAGAUGCCCGCUCAUUUUGGGUCCUCGCAGGCAGAGAAAUCCUGUGAAAACACUUCAUCGGCCCGCGGCCUUCACGGUACCCAUCAACAAAGCCAUAUGAGUCAGGACAUGCUUCGUCAGCAUCAACAGGAUAUCAACAACCGGGCUCAGGGGUCUGUGGUAUCUACAGAGCAUCUGCCGGGUCUUGGCCAAGUCCAGAGACUUAUGACCUCAAGAAGUUUGGAGCAACAGUUGGUGUCCCAGCCCAGCGUUGUGUCCCGGAAUACAAACAUGAGCAUGAGCACGUCGCAUCGGCAAGAACGCAACCGAGUUUCAAGUUAUUCGGCAGAGGCACUUAUUGGUAAGAGCACUUCAAACUCUGAGCAGAGAUUAGGGAUUUCAGUCCAAGCCUCCAGGGUAUCGGAACAGAUGGAAAUGAGAAAAUACUUGGAUGCUUCGAGAAAUAAAGUUAUGUCGACUCACAAUAUUCAGAGCCGGAUGACCAUGGAACAUUCUGUAAAUACAGAUUCCCAGAGACUCGCCGACUGUCAAACCUUUAAGCCGGGCGGCAUGAACCAGCAGCAGCAGCCACCAGCUUCUUUCGAAGUCCCGACCUCAAGAAACAAUGACGGUGGCACCACGGCCAAUAUGAGAAGUCUUCAUUCCCAAACCUACAGAAGUAAUCAGAAUCCCAAUUCAGCAAUGGAACGGCAAAAGCACCUGCCGUACCAGACUGUACAAGAGGUCCAGGUGGCCAAUACACUUCCGAUUCGAGAUCAUGACAAUUCUUGCCACCAAAGCUUCAUGCAGAGUCUUUUAGCCCCACAUCUUGGAGAGCAAGUCGGUUCAAAUCAAAGGGGAAUUUCGGGGCCCCAGCGUCCGCAGUACAAUUCCUCCUCCGGCCUUGAAUUUGGUUGCCCGCCGACUCGUGAUGCUCUCCAUUUAAGGAGAGACGGGGAAGUCCACAACAGGGAGAGCUGCGACUUAGUCAUGGGACAGGUCACGUCAAGAAAUAAUUCUUUGAAUAUUCCUUUCUCCAGCUCUUCCGGAGAUAUACAGGGAAGGAACACCAGCCCUCACAAUACAAUGCAGAAGUCCCAUUCGAUUAGGCAAAUCGACAGUCAAGGUGCCAAGAACCAGCUUAACAUCCAAGUGUCUAUUAACAUGCACGGGGUGGUUCACCCGCCCAUUCCCCAUCAGUCUGUUUCCCAUGGGAAUGUCGAUCAGCGGCAAACGACGAGGCAGGUCAACCCACCAGUUCCGCAGCGCUCAAGGCAUCCCUUACAGGAGGAAUCGGAUUCCAAAAGCCGACCACCUGAAAGGAACAGGACUGGGAGCCAAAGGCAUAGCAAUAUGUUUGACCCGACCUUGCCUCACCUUCCGCUGGCUGGUCCCGGCAGCAUGAUCCUUGGGCGCCAGCAGCCUGUUACGGAAAAAAGACCCGGCAUUGUUCGCUUCAUGCCGGACGCCUCGCAAGUGCCCACUGACAAUUCGGGCCCCGACCAGCACACUUUAACCCAAAACUUUGCCUUUCCCUUUAUGCCAGAAGGCACAAUGAACCCACCGAUUAAUGCAAACGCCUCUUUUAUGCCCCCAGUCACGCAGGCCACUGCCACCCGAACUUCUGCUCUCAUUCAAGUUGACCCACAGAACACCUUGCCAUCGUUCUAUCCCCCAUAUUCACCAGCUCACCCAAGCCUGUCCAAUGACCUCACCCUGCCGUAUUUCUCUAACCAGAUGUUCCCCAAUCCCGGCACGGAGAAGACUAACAGUUCAGGCCUGAACAACCGAUUUGGCUCCAUAUUAUCCCCACCGCGACCUGUAGGCUUCUCGCAAACCACCUUUCCCCUUCUCCCAGAAAUGCCACCAAUGCACAUGGCCAACCCCUCGCACCUGUCCAACUUCAACUUGACCUCCCUCUUCCCUGAGAUUGCCACCGCUCUGCCUCCCGACGGCUCUGCCAUGUCUCCUCUACUGUCCAUAUCGCACCCCUCAGCUUCUGACUCUUCUAAGCAGACAUCAAAUCGCCCUGCACACAACAUAAGCCAUAUACUGGGCCAUGACUCGAGUUCAGCCGUUUAAUGUCAAGAGGAUCGAGUUACAUAUAUAGAUGAGAA